AUGACUGGAGAUGGCUCUUCUUCCGGUCGAUCGCACAAAGACCGUCCCAUUCUGGCUGAUGUUACCAAUCAGCACGGUAAGAGAAGGUUAUUGUCCAUUUCCAGCAGCCCUUGUAUAGACAGGGAGAAUCGAUUCCGGGACAAUUUGGAAGGCAAGGUGCCAGAUUCUGAGUUUGUGCAGAAAGUUUGUCUGGGAGUCGAGAAUUUAGUCAGAGGGAAAUGCAAGCGUGAAUGUAUUGAUGAUGGUAAUGGUAAGGGUUUGCCUUUAGGGAAACCCAUGGGGCUUUGUAGUUUACUGAAAUCUGGUAGUGGAACUGGUAUUUCUGGAGUUCCCAGUGAAAUUAAGGAUCUCCCGACUGUUUCGGAUGGUGAUAUACAAUUCUUAGGAGGCAAUGCAGUGACACGCGGAACACUAAAAACCAUUAAUGGAUGGAGAGAUGGUUGCACUUCUGGUGUUUCUUUGUCCAGAGCCUCUGAUCAGUGCUAUAAAAGUGGGAGGUCUGCACCAGUUAUUGUUGAAGGAGGGAGCCAAGGUGGUGCAGAACAUGCUAAAGCUGGUGUGGAGAAAGAUGCCAUUAAAAGCACUUUGGCAAAUGAAGCAUUAGACGCUCAUGCCCAUGGGGACAAGGAUGAGUUGAUGGAUGGUGGUGAUCUCACCUCAACCAAGGCUACUCUUGCUGGGUCAUCAAGUCAUCAGGGCUCUGAACUAGAGAUAUGUGCCAAUUCUGGUUUUGCAGAUGGCUUCAAUGCCAAUCAUGGGAUAGACAUGCUCAAUGCUUGCUCUUGUUCUUUCUGUCUGAAAGCUGCAUAUAUUUGGUCGGACCUCCAUUACCAAGAUGUCAAGGGCCGGAUUGCCGCAUUAAAGAAGAGUCGGAAAGAAGUUAAAUUUUGUGUAGAUAAAAGUUUGAAUCAGUAUGAGACAGACAAAAAUGGUAUGACCAACUUAGACAAAUCAAAAGAAUUAGAAUUGGAUCUUAUGGGCAGGUGGAAGUCACUUUUCCUUCAUACAGAGGGUAUCCUUGUUCGUGAAAGCACCCAGCUUCAAUCCAGUCUUCUCUCUUUAAAAGAACUGAGAGAGAGCUGCAAGACUGAACUGGAGAUGACUAAUGAGAUUCCUUUGACUAAGUAGUUAUGUGCUGUCUCAAUUUUUGGGUGACAACAUGUAAAACAUCGGUGACCUUUCUGUUUAACAGUUAUUGCUUUAGGUUUUAAUGCCUUUAUUUUCUUUGAAAAGUUUCCAGCUGAUGGGGCUGAAAUAUACUCUCAAUAUCCAUCA